AUGAUGAACGGCGUCGCGUCGGAGGCCGCGGCGGCGCCGCCCGCGCGCGGCGCGGCCUUCCUCCUCGCCGUGCGGCAGGCGGCCGACGCGGCCGAGGCGCACCGGCUCUUCCUCCAGGCCAGCAGCGGCCGCGCCGCGCCCUGGGCCACUGCUGCCGAGCCGGCCGUCGGAGCUGCUCCAGCGGCCCGUGGCGGCGGCUCCGACUGCGAAGGCUUCUCCAGGGCCCGAGUCGCGGCGGUGGCGGCGGCCGCGUCGUACCAGCGGCUCCUCCGCUCGGGCCCGAGGGCGGACAUCUCCGGAGUGGCGCUGGCGCUCAUCGGGGCGCUGGACGGCGACUGGGGCGGAGCCGCUGGCAGGCGGGGGCGAGGCGCAGCCGGCGCCGCGGCCGCCGCUGCCGCGCCGGCGCCCCGCGCCCUCUUCGCUGCGGGCGCCCGGGGCCUCGAGCCGCCGCUGCCCACGGACGGCGGCCAGCGGCCAGCCCCGGCUCCGCCCGGGCUGGAGCACUCCGCGGCGGCUGGCUGGCCGCCGCGCCCGCACCAGCCGGAGGCUCCCGCGCGGGGCCCGUCGGAAUGGCGACGCUCUUGA